AUGAUUUGCCACUGGUUGGUAACAAGGCGCCUGAUUUUGAGGCAGAGGCUGUUUUUGAUCAAGAGUUCAUCAAGGUGAAGCUCUCAGAGUACAUUGGUAAAAAGUAUGUGAUUCUCUUUUUCUACCCUUUGGACUUCACUUUUGUCUGCCCUACAGAGAUUACUGCCUUUAGUGACCGUUAUGAGGAAUUUGAGAAGCUAAACACGGAAGUGUUAGGUGUCUCAGUGGACAGUGUGUUCUCGCAUCUUGCGUGGGUCCAAACAGAGAGAAAGUCAGGAGGGCUCGGUGAUCUGAACUACCCACUUGUCUCUGAUAUCACUAAAUCCAUUUCAAAAUCUUUUGGUGUGCUCAUCCCUGAUCAGGGCAUUGCACUGAGAGGGCUUUUCAUCAUUGACAAGGAAGGAGUCAUCCAGCAUUCCACCAUCAACAACCUCGGUAUUGGCCGAAGCGUUGAUGAGACAAUGAGAACCCUCCAGGCAUUACAGUAUGUUCAAGAAAACCCUGAUGAGGUCUGCCCCGCGGGAUGGAAGCCUGGGGAGAAAUCGAUGAAGCCUGACCCCAAGCUGAGCAAAGAGUAUUUUUCAGCUAUUUAAAGGCUUUUUAAACAAAUGAUUGGUGAAAAGCAGAGGCAUGUUUGUUUUUUCCCUAUGUUGGAGUCUUUGAGUGCUGAGUUUAAUAUGUUUUUUGCCAAAUUAACAUUUGCUUGAAUAUCUUUGCUUUGUCUUCAUUAGUUAUGUUUCUGCUGUGUGUGUUUUCCUCAAAAUUUAAUAAAAAACAAUGGAAUUUAUGUGUUUACCUA